AUGGCUGCAUUGUCUAUGCCGCUGCACGUGGAGGACACCUUCACGGACGAUUUCAUCGAGAAGGAGUCUGUGCCAGCGAAGGGCGAGAAGGACGAGUCUUGGGACGGGCAGCCGGAGCGUGCGCCGAGAGGCAGCUCCGGGAAGGAUUGGACAGACACCACGGACAAAUGGAAGCCGGCAGGCGGAGGAGGCAAGUGGAAGCAAACGAGGGCUUGGGAGAAGCCGGCCGCCUGGAAGAACAGCGAUUGGACUCAGGCAGAUGGCUGGGAAGCCCAUUGGAGCAGUCCAAGCCAGGGACGGGGCUGGUCGCAUCACCGCCCUGCCGUUCUGGCAUGUGGCAUGACGACUGGGCAGCACCAACGUCCAGCCCUUCGUAACCGGCACCAUCGAUGA